CUUCGGAAAAAUUCAUUUCAGAGCUUCUUCCACUCCCCAUCCGUUCAUCUCCCAAACCCUAACAAAUUCUCAAUCUCUCUAGAUAUCCCGCUGCCGAGAUCUCAAAUCCGGCGAGAUUUCCCAAUCAAUGUGACACCGCCCUCAUUAGUACUCAUUCAAAUCUCCACCUGGAUCUCAUUUUUGUUCUCUCUUGCAUGAGCAUUUGGAAAUAAAAAAAUGGCUUCAGCUUGCGUCAACAACAUCAGUGUUUCACCGGAGAGCUUCCCGCCGCCGGGGACGUACUCCUCUUACGGCUGGCUGAGUCCUCGCAUCUCAUUCAGCCGCGAGGAUGAUUCCUCGUCCAAACAUCACCACCAAAAACAGCCGCCGCCGCCCUCCAAGCGAGCUCCGACUAUUUCUCCUCCUCCUCCGCCUCCGAUGGCUGCGAUUCCGCAACCGGAGCAGCAGCAGCAAGAUCUCCUACCGGACUUCGAGUUCCGCCUCGACGACCCCGUCGCCAUGCUCCCCGCCGACGAGCUCUUCUCCGAGGGGAAGCUGGUGCCGAUGCAGGUCACGAGCUCGAAGCCUUGGUUGUCGACGGCAACUUCGGCGGAGUUUUUGGCCGGAAUCGCGACAACAGUGGAGGCGAAAUCUGGCCGGAGGAUGGAGAUGGAGCUACCUGGCGGGAUCAACAGUACAACUGACCAGUACUUGUUCUCGCCGAAGGCGCCUCGAUGUUCGAGCCGGUGGAAAGAGAUUCUGGGGGUGAGGAAGUUUUAUCAGAACAACAGCUCCAAGGCGGCGUUGUUUCCUUCCUCGUCGUCUUCUUCCAACAAUAACCAGAAAUCAUUGAGGCAUUUCCUCCAUAGAAGCUCGAAAUCCUGCAACAGCUGCGACAAUUCCUCUUCCAAUUCCUCGCUCGAUGGUACCCUGAGUCUUCCAUUGCUGAAAUCAGACCUGGACUGUGACUCGUCGGUUUCCCUCUCUUCAUCCCGCUUAUCGCUCUCAUCCUCGUCAUCCAGCCACGAGCACGAAGAUCUCCCCAGACUCUCCCUCGAUUCGGAGAAGCCCAAUGCCGCUUCCAAUUUGAGCCUGACAUUCAACCCUUUGCAGAAUCCGAAUCCGUUCGUUCUGAAAUGAAUUUUUCCACCAUUGUUAGAGGUGAAGUAGUGGGGGGCUAGAUUCAGGGGGGGUUGGGUCUCGGGUUUGGGUUUAGGGUCAAUUAGCUGGGUUGGUUCGCGGGUUUGGGCAAGAAUGGCUGACUAGGCGGGUCGGGUCGUCGCUUUUUAAUGUUUAAAUGUGCUGACUGUGUCUUUCUGUUAGCCACGUCAUCACUUAACGGUCGUCAUUAACGGAGUCUAACGGAGGUUAACGGAGAGUGACCGAACUUGGACCGUUCAACUAAUUCGAGUGACUAUAAAUGGAAUAAAUCAAU